UUCUUUACACGAAUCUACAGAGAAACAUAUUUAAUUGUGUGAUAAUAUCGUUACUGAUAUAUGAAUUAGCUAGCUAGACGCUGCUUAAACGUCGAGGUCUGAGCUCGCUUUGUUGCCCGAUCACUAGUAUUUGAUGCUGGAGCUCUUUGAAGAACCGCAGCAUGUUCCCCCACGGCGCUGCACCGAGGGGACGGUCAGCCUACAGUAAGGGCCUGUACCCACCACCCUCUGUGCCUCUAUACUACGAUUACAACCACCAACCCCUGGCUGGUGUCAAUAGCUUCUAUGUUCCUGGAUUAGAGAGGUUGCCUUCAUAUGAAUGGAAACCCACACCACCCACCUCUCCAGUCCCUCCUCAUCGCACACCAACUGUGACCAAUAGGCGCAAGAGGCAGAUUGAUGAAUACACCCCCAAUGUUGUGAAACGCCAACGCCUUGACUCUUCUUCCCACACAGUAAUCGGCUCCCCUUUAAUUCGGGCACCUCCCCCUCGUCGUCUUGACCAAGUGGUCGCAGGGCCAUCAAGAUCAUCCUUCACUGAUUUUGAUCGCUCUUAUCCUAGCCCACGUGCCCAGCCCCAACCCCAGGUGCCUACUAUCCCAGAUAGCUCCCACAGCCUGCAGGCCUACGCAAAGGACAAGCUGAGUGUUCAGAUGGUUGAGCUGUUUGAGGCGUGCCAGCAGCAAUCUUCUGAUUUGGCCCGAAAGGAGACUUGCCGAACUCGGCUGCAGCAAGACAUACAGCGUGUCUAUGCAGCGGCACGACUUUACUUGACGGGAUCUUCUAUGAAUGGGUUGGGCUGCCGGAGCAGUGAUGCUGAUCUGUGUCUGGUCCUCAAAGGAAAUAACAGACCUGAUCCCAUUCAUGUACUCUCAGUCCUCCAAAGGUUGUUCAGAUCACUGUCAUAUAUAGAGAGGACUCAGCUGAUCAGAGCCAAAGUGCCGAUCCUCAGGUUCAGAGAGAAAGGCAGUGAUCUGGAGUUUGACUUGAAUAUCAACAACACAGUGGGCAUCAGAAACACAUUCCUUCUGAGGAGUUAUGCCUAUGCUGAUCUCAGGAUAAGACCCAUGAUCCUUGUUGUUAAGAAAUGGGCACGGCAUAAUCAAAUCAAUGAUGCCAGCAAAGGAACGUUAAGCAGCUACACACUCGUGCUGAUGGUGCUGCACUCCCUCCAGACUCUUAGUGAUCCUGUCCUUCCCUCCCUACAGAGGGACUACCCAGAGUGUUUUAAUCCCUCCAUGGAAAUUGACAUGGUUCCAGAGGGAACUAAACACGUCCCGCCCUACAUCUCAAGAAACCAGUCCUCUCUUGGAGAGCUGCUUCUGGGCUUUCUCAAAUACUAUGCCACAGACUUCAGGUGGGAUAAGCAGGUGAUCUCUGUUCGAGAGGCCAGAGCUUUGCCCAAGAACAAUUCUCAAGAGUGGAGAAACAAAUACAUAUGUGUUGAAGAGCCAUUUGAAAGAAAUAACGUUGCCAGGGCAGUCCAUGAGAAGGUCAAGUUUGAUGCCAUUAAAGCUCAGUUUGUGGAGUCAUAUCGGAUACUACAACAGAGGAAGGACUUGAACUCGAUCCUCCCAGUCAGAGCCAUCAUUAGCAAGGAGUCAUCCAGGAGAUAAGGGAUUCCUCUAAUUAGACGAGCUUCUACCUCAAGACAAGCCUGUCCCCAGAAACAAAGAGACACCUUUGGGAUGUGCUGAGAGAGGCACCCGGCUGCCUCGGUACCUCACAGCCAGAAAGACUCUGAAUGCUCUGGCUGCCUCGGUAUCGGUCACAAACUGUAUGUCCUGUGGCAGUACAUAUUGAAAAUACUGCACUCAGUUUCAGAUGCUUUGCAGAAUUUUCCAAAUUAUUGUAACUGAUAAUAAAAAUACAGUAUAUGUUUAGUGACACCAGAGGACUCUGAUAUUCUGUCACUUGAAAUGGUGACAGAGAGAUGCUGCACUGAAGCAGUCAGUGUCAUUAGAGAUGGUUAUUUCUCUUACACAGCCCUCUUUCCCAAUGCGCAUAGCAUUCCUAGGAAGAAGUUAAGUAUACUGACAAAGUAUGAAAGACAGAAUAACACCUGCAACCUGCUCAUAUCUCAAGCUGUCUCAGAUGGAAGCAGCAGCGUUUAUGUUUGACUGGUCUCAAACAAGUUUCUCUCUUCUAAUCUACGUUUUAGUUACAUACAUUGCUAGAGCCAUACUGCACAGAGUCAGAUGUAAAGAUGCCAAUAAUAAGUUUAUGCCACGUAUAUGCACAGUAUAUUGUCUUCAGCCCAUCUGGACCAACUUGUAACAUAAAAGCAUUUUUUUCUAUUUUUCUAGGUCUGUAGUGAAGCUAUUGUGGGUUUAAACACCAUAUAUACUUUUUUUUUGAAGGCACUCACCUUUUUGGUCAUGGACGUCUUUAAGUUUCUAAGCUCCUCUGAAAACUGAGCUUGUUAAGUUGAAGAUGUUGAAGUUAGUGUCAUAAUUGAAGUUACUCCGAGGCGAUCACUGGAGGCCUGGACUUUGGAUAAUCCCACUCCUUUAUCGUUGCUCCUGUUUUUGUGCUGUAUUAUUUUAUGUAGGCUGGUGUCAUUUUAGUUCAGUAUCUGCCUGAGUUAUUUGGACAAAAAAUGUAUAACAGAAAAGGCAACAGAUGUCAUUCACUCAUUUUUGGUUUACUUAAUACAUAAGUUAUUGGUUUACA